GAAGCUAGUGGUUCUUCCUUGUCUGGUUGUCCCCUCCUCUUCUCUUCUUUCUUAUCCUGAGACGGAGAGGGAAGGAAAGGUGGGAAGAGAGCUAGUGGGCAUGGCAUUCGGAUUCCAAGCAAAUUAAAACAAGCAGAGAAGAGCUGCUGAUUGAUCACCGGUCGGCCGAUGAUCGAGCUCUCAAUCCCAAUUCCCAUCCUGUAUUUCAUCUAAAUAAUGGCCAUGGCCGCCGGAGCCUGCUGCUGCGCCUGCCCAUCGCCAUCCUCGUCCCCCUCCUCCUCACUUUCCCACCGCCCUCGGCGCAGGCGGCAGAUGCUGACGCCCGUGUCCAUGUGCUGCAGCAGCAGCAGCUCAUCUCUUCUGUCGCCGCCGUCGCCGCCGCCCCCAGUCCCAGCAGCAUUGGCACUAGCUCGCGGCAACGGCGGCGGCGGCCGCCUGCGCAUCUUCUCCGGCAGCGCCAACCCGCUGCUGGCCCAGGAGAUCUCGUGCUACCUGGGGAUGGAGCUGGGCAAGAUCAAGAUCAAGCGCUUCGCGGACGGCGAGAUCUACGUGCAGCUGCAGGAGAGCGUGCGCGGCUGCGACGUGUUCCUGGUGCAGCCCACCUGCCCGCCCGCCAACGAGAAUCUCAUGGAGCUCCUCAUCAUGAUCGACGCCUGCCGGCGGGCCUCCGCCAAGACCAUCACCGCCGUCAUCCCCUACUUCGGCUACGCCCGCGCCGACCGCAAGAUGCAGGGCCGCGAGUCCAUCGCCGCCAAGCUUGUGGCCAACCUCAUCACGGAGGCCGGCGCCCACCGCGUGCUGGCCUGCGACCUCCACUCGGGCCAGUCCAUCGGCUACUUCGACAUCCCCGUCGACCAUGUCUAUGGCCAGCCCGUCAUCCUCGACUACCUGGCCAGCAAGACCAUCUGCCCCAGCGACGUCGUGGUGGUGUCGCCGGACGUGGGAGGGGUGGCCAGGGCGCGCGCCUUCGCCAAGAAGCUCUCCGACGCGCCGCUGGCCAUCGUCGACAAGAGGAGGCACGGCCACAACCAGACCGAGGUGGUGAACCUCAUCGGCGACGUCAGGGGGAAGGUCGCGAUCAUGGUGGACGACAUGAUCGACACCGCCGGCACCAUCUCCAAGGGCGCCGAGCUGCUGCACGAGGAGGGGGCGCGCGCUGUCUACGCCUGCAGCACCCACGCCGUGCUCAGCCCUCCGGCGCUGGAGAGGCUCUCCGGCGGCCUUUUCCAGGAGGUGAUCAUCACCAACACCGUGCCGGUGGUGCAGCACCAGAGCUUCCCCCAGCUCACCGUCCUCUCCGUCGCCAACCUCCUCGGAGAGACCAUCUGGCGUGUCCACGACGAUUGCUCCGUCAGCAGCAUCUUCCAGUGAUCGCAUUCGAUUCAAUGCAUCCAUAUCCAUGAUGAUCCAUUUCCUUGCAUGCUCACAUUUCUUACUUACAUCGUACUACAUACAGAUCUUCUAUAGUAUAUACAGAGAGAGAUACAGAUUGUUUAAAAGA